ACCUCCACGCGGCCGAGGACUGGCCUCUCCUGAUACUUUUAACGCCCUUCCCUCUCGAGGAUCUCCGAAACCUCGAGCAUGGCUUCCAUUCUCCGUCCGACGACAACAUCGCUUCAGAAAACCCUCUCAGUUCCAUGGCUUUCGUGUCCACUUCCCAACUCCUUAACCACCUUCACUCCAACUAGAAGAAGCUCAUCGAAGUGCACUGCUUUAUUCGGCGAAAUCCCCAGAGAUUUCUUUCAAAACGCUCUCAAUGUAGACGAUUCCAAUCCCUUGUUUCCUUUUCUCAAGUUUGGUCUCUCCCAGUUCGAGCAAGUCACUUCCGGGUUGCCGGAAAACGGGCGGUGGGCCAUCCUUACGGCCACCGGACUUGGUUGGAUUUACUUGACCGUGAGGCCGGGAGUACUAAUGGGCGCUAUUGACGCUUACAUUCUGGCGCCCUUGCAGUUAGUUUUCGACAGUUUGAUAGGUAGGAGGAACUUGAAGAUGAGUGAUUUUGUUGUGGGGGAGAGAUUGGGGGAAGGAUCGUUUGGCAUAGUCUAUUCCGGCGCCAUUGUGCCCAAGAAUUUUUCUGUGGAAGAAAGGGUGGGGAAGGCUAAGACACGAUUGGAGAAUGAUGACAGGUUCAAGGAUAGAGUUAUCUUGAAGAAGGUGAAGGUGGGAACUAAAGGAGCAGAAGAAUUUGGUGACUAUGAGGAGUGGUUUAACUACAGGGUCUCUAGAGCAGCCCCCCAAUCUUGUGCUGAGUUCCUUGGAAGUUUUGUUGCUGAACAAACUCGUCUAGAGUUUACAAAAGGUGGCAAAUGGCUUGUAUGGAAAUUUGAGGGUGACAGAAAUCUGGCAAGCUAUUUGAACAAUCGCAAUUUCCCAUUCAACCUGGAGUCAAUCAUGUUCAGACGCAUCCUUGAAGGACUCGACCCAAUCAAAAGAAGUGCAUUGAUUAUUAAACAGAUAAUGCGGCAGAUUAUCACUUCUCUUAAAAGAAUCCAUAAUACUGGAAUUGUGCAUCGUGAUAUCAAACCAGCCAAUUUGGUGGUGACAAAAAAGGGACAGAUCAAACUCAUAGAUUUUGGCGCUGCAACCGACCUUCGCAUUGGCAAGAACUACAUACCUGAUAGUGGGUUACUUGACCCAGAUUAUUGUCCUCCUGAAUUAUUUGUUCUUCCAGAAGAAACUCCAACUCCUCCUCCUGAACCUAUUGCAGCCAUCUUUUCUCCAGUUCUGUGGCAGCUUAAUAGUCCCGAUCUUUUUGAUAUGUACUCAGCUGGUAUAAUACUUAUGCAAAUGGCAGUCCCAGGUUUAAGAUCUACUGCUGCUCUGAAGAACUUUAAUUCAGAACUAAAGGGAGUUGACUAUGAUUUGAAUUCGUGGAGGGAAGUCACUCGUUCAAGGCCGGAUCUGCGCAUUCUAGAUCUAGAUUCAGGUAGAGGUUGGGACUUAGCAACCAAGCUUGUUUCAGAGAGAGGCUUUCUUAGAAGAGGCCGGCUCUCUGCAGCUGCUGCCCUAAGGCAUCCAUACUUCUUGUUGGGUGGAGAUCAGGCUGCUGCAGUAUUAUCCAAAUUGAGUUUGAAAAAAUAAUGAAGUUGUUUAUAUAUCUGUUACCCUUCUGAUGUACUUUGCCAGGAAGAUUGGUUUGCUGAAUAAGAGCUUAUGAUUUGCAAUCAACAUGAAGACGGAAGGUUAUACUCUUAAGAUUACUCCAAUGGUGAUGACUCUCGCUGUCCAUAUUUGAUUAUAAAGUCAUAUGUAUUUAUGUAUGAUAUAGUAGUUUACUUUUAAAUUCUAACGUGAUUAUGUAAAUUAUAAAAAUUUUGGUUAAGUCAUUUCUUUCACUUUUAUUUGAAAUUAUGCUC